GCACUCGGCUAUCUUGGGAUCAUUGGGAUCUUCUCUAAUUGAGCUCCUAAGAUUGCCAGUUAUCCUUAGAAAAAGUCCAGUCGUGAGGGCCAUGGAUUUACCUAAAGAAGAAACAGGAUUCCCAGAUAAGGUCUCACUGUACGCGUUGUUUAAUUUUCUCCCUUUACCUGGAAACUCUGAACCUUACCCACCAAUUUCAUUGCCAGCCCCUCCUACGGAAAACGAGUCCCAAGCCACGAAUUCCGCUCCAAAAGAUGGCAAACACUUGAUCGAAAAUGGGAUUAUUACCCAAGAUCUGAUCAUUAAAAGCAAUGUAUUCGAGGAUCCCACUAUACGCAUGGGAUUCGUCCGAAAGGUUUUUGGAAUCCUUUUGGUUCAAUUACUAUUCACAUUGGUUGUGAUAGCAAUAUUUGCUUACCACCAACCCACCAAGGACUUCAUGCAGGAUAAUUUCCUCUUAGUUUUGGUCGCCAUGAUCGUUAACAUAAUGGUUCUAACCACAAUCGUUUGUGUGGAGAACGUGCGGCGAAAGCAUCCCGUCAAUCUGAUUUGCCUGGCUCUUUAUACCUUCACCAUGUCGCUGCUCCUGGGAACCGCAUCGAGCUUAAUGGAUUCCAACGUUGUAAUCUCGGCAGUGGCUAUUACCACAGUCCUUGUCAUCGCUCUUUGCAUCUACGCCGUGCAAACCAAGUACGAUUACACAGCUGCGGGAGGGGUCAUAUUAACCUUUGUGAUAAUCCUCCUCGUCCUAUCAGUGUGUGGUUUUUGGAUGCCCGACUUCGUAGACAGCUUGCCAAUAACUUGCCUAUGCACUUUUAUUGGCUGUUUUUUUUUAAUCUGCGAUAUGCAGUCGAUAGUGGGCGGCAAUCGUUCGGAACAGUUGGAUCCCGAGGAAUAUGUGUUUGCAGCUCUCACUCUGUAUGUCGAUGUGGUUCGCAUAUUCAUUUAUAUCCUUCGAAUUUUACAGAAAUUUAAUUAGUAGAACUAAUCCUAGUCACAGCCCCUGAAAACAACGUAUGCCUUUCUUCUCGUAAAGCUUUU